GUGACAGCGUUGGUUGCCGUGCUGUGUGCAUGGGGCAGAACCAGUUUAUAAACCGUAGGGAAGUUGAUGGAUCUAGCGCCAGUCACAAUGACGCUUGGAAGUUAAAAUGCAACGAUAUUUUCGUGUGCUGUUAUUUUGUAUCAUAUUCGCUUUCUUUUCGGUAUUGUACGUGUUCAACCAGCUAGCGUCCUCUCUCGAAGCCCAAAGCGGAUGGACCGACUCGAAGCCGCAAUUCAAAGCCUCUGUACAAUCGGGCUACCCCUCUCGUGUGGGCAGGAAACAGGCUGGUAAAGACGGCCUGCAGUAUCUGCAUGAGAAUGACAGGUGUAAGAAUUCAGUCUCUGUCACUCACUGGAAUCCCUAUUGGAGACUGCCACCUGGUGUUUGUGGAAUGAACUGCUUAAUGGAAUCCCCUAGUAGGGAUAAAGAGGUUAGACUGGACUCCUCGAUUGGUGAGGUGACACAUAAGGAACCUGUUCGCCUGGCAGUGGUGGCAUGUGGGGCUAGGCUCGAGGAGACACUCACCAUGCUGAAGUCUGCUGUCCUCUUUGGCCGUAGACAGCUGCACUUCCACAUUUUCGCUGAAGAUGACCUCCAAAGUGGCUUCAGAGACACAUUGGAAUCUUGGCCUUUGAGCGUCCGCUCGAAGUUUAGUUACACCUUGUACCCCAUCACCUUUCCCAGUGAGAAUGCCAAUGAGUGGAAGAGACUCUUCAAACCAUGUGCCUCCCAGAGACUCUUCUUGCCUCUUAUCUUGAGAGAUGUGGACUCUCUACUGUACGUGGACACGGACAUCCUUUUCCUACAGCCAGUAGAGGAAAUCUGGAAAUUUCUCUCGCAGUUUAACUCCAGCCAAGUGGCAGCAAUGGCACCAGAGCAUGAAGAGCCACGCAUUGCUUGGUACAAUCGCUUUGCCCGUCAUCCCUAUUACGGCAAAACGGGCGUCAACUCUGGAGUCAUGCUUAUGAACAUGACCCGCAUCAGAGCUAAAUACUUUAAGAAUGACAUGACCACUGUUGCCCUCCAGUGGGAAGAGCUGCUUAUGCCUCUACUGCAGAAGUACAAGUUAAACAUCACUUGGGGUGACCAAGAUCUCCUCAACAUCAUAUUCCACCACAAUCCAGAAAGCUUAUUUGUGUUCCCAUGCCAGUGGAAUUACCGUCCAGACCAUUGUAUCUAUGGCAGCAACUGUGCUGCUGCCGAGGACCACGGGGUCUACAUUCUCCAUGGUAACAGAGGAGUUUACCACGAUGAUAAGCAGCCUGCCUUCAGAGCCAUCUACCAAGCCAUUCAAAAGUACCAGUUUGAGGGAGAUAUGGUCUCCGGUUUAUUGUUCCCCCUGGAGGAGAAGCUCAAAGGCACCAGGCAUACGUACUGUGGAAGGGUCAGCCACCUGUUCACCAAGAGACUACAAAAGAGCAUCAAGAUGGCGCACGAAGUCAAAAUGGAAAACAGGCGUAUUGUACCUCCACACUUGAGGACUGUUUAGCUGGGCCAUCGUGUCCAUUUCCACUUUGUGAGCUAAAAGCUCAACAAAUCCCAAUAAAUUUGCCCUUCUCUGGAAAUGAAGUAGCUUUAAUUAUUACUUUUGGAUGAGUUUGAAAGCUCUGAUAACACAUCGCUGUGUAAUUUCUCUAGGGUGAUAAUCGUAUACAGAUCAUCAAAAUGUGACAAUCAGAUCAUGCAAUUCUAGUGCAGAAAAUUGCUCAUAUUCAGUUUUUUUAAAGACAGAGGCCACAGUUAAGGGCUGCAAAUUGUUUAAUUUCCUAAACAGGUAUGAAAUUGAAAUUUUACAGCAGUUGAGCAACUCUGAGAUGAUAAAGAUGAGGAAAAGCCAUGUCUGCUGUUAAUGAAUUCAUAGUUUACAUUAUACGUGUUGGAUGCUGUGGUCAUUUAUUGAUGACGAUGUAAAGAGGUACAUAUAACAGCGAUAUAUCUGUCUCUAAUUAAUCUACAUUUCCUUUAUUUUCCUUUUCUUUGAUUUUCACUAAAUUCAGAUAUGUUCUUUUCUGUCUACGAUUAUCGUGCAGUUCUUUAAAAACAGUGAUAAUAGGGUUUUAGCUUGUGAGUGAUCAUUCCAAAUUAUUGCAACAGUUUUUCGGUGAAUUUUGUGUUUCUUCCAUGUCACUUUCUCGUGAAGUCGACUGUCCAGUUUGCAGUAAUAGAAGAUAUUUCAGUCUAUGGUUUAUCCCACAUUCUGUACUUAUUGUGUGCUGCAGUGCUAAACUGUUUGCAGUUGUAUUUUUAAGGUCUCCAUAUCCAGCUUUUGAACUUUGUAAGAAUGUACUAUACUGUUUUAGUAUUAUAAGUAUUAGUUGGGGGUAUGAUUUAGCCAAGAUUGGAGGUAAUGUAUUGUGUGACCAGAUACACA